AUGUUCAUAGUAACACUCUCUCUUUGUUGUCACUCCAGAGCCCUCAAGGAAGGACAAUCUUGCGUUGCAGAUGGUAACUGCGACUCUGGACUACAUUGCGAAUUUUGCCUUGCCAACGGCAAUAUUCGGCCGCGUUGUACUCGAAUUCAGCCUCGCAAUCCAUUGUCAGAGGUGAAAGGAAUGCCGUUUAAUCGGUAUUCGUGGUUGACAACACACAAUGCAUUUGCUAGACUGGGACAGAGAUCGGCUACGGGGGAUGUGAUUUUAGCUCCCUCAAAUCAGCAGGAUUCCAUUACCGCUCAGCUCAAUAAUGGUGUUAGAGGGCUGAUGCUUGAUAUGUAUGACUUCAAAAAUGACAUCUGGCUAUGUCAUUCAUUUGGCGGCAAAUGCUAUAACUACACUGCUUUUGUAAAUAAGCAUUUACCAGAGUUUUUGGCUGCAUUUCUGGCAAAUCAGCAACCUGCCAUAAAUGUUUUGAAAGAGAUUCAAGUGUUUCUUGAGGCAAACCCGUCUGAAAUCGUCACCAUUAUCAUUGAAGACUAUGUCACAUCUCCUAAUGGUCUAACCAAGGUGUUUGAUGCUGCUGGCCUGAGGAAAUUCUGGUUUCCAGUAUCUCGAAUGCCAAAAAACGGUGCCGAUUGGCCGACAAUUGAUGCUAUGAUCAGGCAGAACCAGCGUUUAGUGGUUUUUACAUCAAAAUCUGCUAAGGAGUCCUCUGAAGGCAUUGCUUAUGAGUGGAGAUACUUGGUAGAAAACCAAUAUGGUAAUGGUGGGAUGAAAGCUGGAUCUUGUCCCAACCGAGCAGAAUCUUCUCCCUUGAACACAACAACAAGGUCAUUAGUCCUGAUGAACUACUUUCCUGAUAACCCAGAUAUAACCCAAGCUUGCAAGCAUAAUUCAGCUCCAUUGAUUAGCAUGAUGAAUACAUGUCAUGAAGCAGCUGGUAAAAGAUGGCCUAACUUCAUUGCCGUCGAUUUUUAUAAGAGGAGCGAUGGAGGGGGAGCUCCUGAAGCUGUAGAUGCGGCAAAUGGUCAGCUUGUUUGUGGGUGUACAACCAUUGGUGAUUGCAAGGCAAAUAUGACCUUUGGAGUAUGUGACCUGCCUGAGGCUAGUGUAGCCCCCACUGUAGCAUCAACAAAUGAAACCAGCUCUGCUCAUUUGGAUAGCAGGCUGAUCCUAUUGCGGUGGCUGUUCUGGACUGUUUUAAUAGCCAUCAUCAUGUCAUUUUAA